ACCAGUACCUCGACAGAAACAAGUCCCUCACAACCUUCUACGAUAACCAGUGAGCCUUCCACUACAAAUGAACUAACUUCAGCAGUCACGGACGGGCAAAUAUCUUCCACUACCGUUGGAGUCUCAUCUACCCAGGGAACUGAAAGUACAACUGCAGAGCCAACUGACUCCACAACUGCAGCGGGAACGACCCUUGAAGAUCACACAACAACGUUAGAAAUGUCAACAAUUCCAGCUGAAACAACUACCAUUGUUACACAGGAACCAUCAGCUAGCCCAGAGACUGUGACAAGCCCAUCUCCCACAAUCACUUCUGGUCACACAUCAGCGCCCUCUGACGUUACAAGUGAGUCUCUAACUAGCACUGCUGGAACCUCAACAUCAAGUGAGGCAUCAACAACAACUUCUGAAGCAAACACAUCUGCUGAAGAAUCGACAGCGACCUCAGCUGGUUUAACAAGUGCAUCUGUGGAAGCUACGUUUUCAACAUCGGGAGUGACCAUGACACCAGAAUCAACCAAAGACACAAUGGAAACAACUACAGCUAUGUCCUCAAGUGUAACAGAAACUUCAACCAGUACCUCCCCGGAAACAAGUCCCUCACAACCUUCUACGAUAACCAGUGAGCCUUCCACUACAAAUGAACUAACUUCAGCAGUCACGGACGGGCAAAUAUCUUCCACUACCGUUGGAGUCUCAUCUACCCAGGGAACUGAAAGUACAACUGCAGAGCCAACUGACUCCACAACUGCAGCGGGAACGACCCUUGAAGAUCACACAACAACGUUAGAAAUGUCAACAAUUCCAGCUGAAACAACUACCAUUGUUACACAGGAACCAUCAGCUAGCCCAGAGACUGUGACAAGCCCAUCUCCCACAAUCACUUCUGGUCACACAUCAGCGCCCUCUGACGUUACAAGUGAGUCUCUAACUAGCACUGCUGGAACCUCAACAUCAAGUGAGGCAUCAACAACAACUUCUGAAGCAAACACAUCUGCUGAAGAAUCGACAGCGACCUCAGCUGGUUUAACAAGUGCAACUGUGGAAGCUACGUUUUCAACAUUGGGAGUGACCAUGACACCAGAAUCAACCGGAGACACAAUGGAAACAACUACAGCUAUGUCCUCAAGUGUAACAGAAACUUCAACCAGUACCUCGACAGAAACAAGGCCCUCACAACCUUCUACGAUUACCAUUGAGCCUUCCACUACAAAUGAACUAACUUCAGCAGUCACGGACGGGCAAAUAUCUUCCACUACUAUUGGACUCUCAUCUACCCAGGGAUCUGAAAGUACAACUGCAGAGCCAACUGACUCCACAACUGCAGCGGGAACGACCCUUGAAGAUCACACAACAACGUUAGAAAUGUCAACAAUUCCAGCUGAAACAACUACCAUUGUUACACAGGAACCAUCAGCUAGCCCAGAGACUGUGACAAGCCCAUCUCCCACAAUCACUUCUGGUCACACAUCAGCGCCCUCUGACGUUACAAGUGAGUCUCUAACUAGCACUGCUGGAACCUCAACAUCAAGUGAGGCAUCAACAACAACUUCUGAAGAAAACACAUCUGCUGAAGAAUCGACAGCGACCUCAGCUGGUUUAACAAGUGCAUCUGUGGAAGCUACGUUUUCAACAUCGGGAGUGACCAUGACACCAGAAUCAACCAAAGACACAAUGGAAACAACUACAGCUAUGUCCUCAAGUGUAACAGAAACUUCAACCAGUACCUCUCCGGAAACAAGUCCCUCACAACCUUCUACGAUAACCAGUGAGCCUUCCACUACAAAUGAACUAACUUCAGCAGUCACGGACGGGCAAAUAUCAUCCACUACCGUUGGAGUCUCAUCUACCCAGGGAACUGAAAGUACAACUGCAGAGCCAACUGACUCCACAACUGCAGCGGGAACGACCCUUGAAGAUCACACAACAACGUUAGAAAUGUCAACAAUUCCAGCUGAAACAACUACCAUUGUUACACAGGAACCAUCAGCUAGCCCAGAGACUGUGACAAGCUCAUCUCCCACAAUCACUUCUGGUCACACAUCAGCGCCCUCUGACGUUACAAGUGAGUCUCUAACUAGCACUGCUGGAACCUCAACAUCAAGUGAGGCAUCAACAACAACUUCUGAAGCAAACACAUCUGCUGAAGAAUCGACAGCGACCUCAGCUGGUUUAACAAGUGCAACUGUGGAAGCUACGUUUUCAACAUUGGGAGUGACCAUGACACCAGAAUCAACCGGAGACACAAUGGAAACAACUACAGCUAUGUCCUCAAGUGUAACAGAAACUUCAACCAGUACCUCGACAGAAACAAGGCCCUCACAACCUUCUACGAUUACCAUUGAGCCUUCCACUACAAAUGAACUAACUUCAGCAGUCACGGACGUGCAAAUAUCUUCCACUACUAUUGGACUCUCAUCUACCCAAGGAUCUGAAAGUACAACUGCAGAGCCAACUGACUCCACAACUGCAGCGGGAACGACCCUUGAAGAUCACACAACAACGUUAGAAAUGUCAACAAUUCCAGCUGAAACAACUACCAUUGUUACACAGGAACCAUCAGCUAGCCCAGAGACUGUGACAAGCCCAUCUCCCACAAUCACUUCUGGUCACACAUCAGCGCCCUCUGACGUUACAAGUGAGUCUCUAACUAGCACUGCUGGAACCUCAACAUCAAGUGAGGCAUCAACAACAACUUCUGAAGCAAACACAUCUGCUGAAGAAUCGACAGCGACCUCAGCUGGUUUAACAAGUGCAACUGUGGAAGCUACGUUUUCAACAUUGGGAGUGACCAUGACACCAGAAUCAACCGGAGACACAAUGGAAACAACUACAGCUAUGUCCUCAAGUGUAACAGAAACUUCAACCAGUACCUCCCAGAAACAAGUCCCUCACAACCUUCUACGAUAA